UAGGUGCGCGCUUCCGGGUUGGCGACCGCGGCGAGCCGAGGAUCUGCUCGCAGUGGCGGUGGGGGGGGGGAGCAGCCACGGCGCUGCCAGCUGGGUCCCCUCUAGGUGGCCGGGUGGACUGGCCGCGGCAGGACCCCGCUGGGCGGCCCGACAGCCUCUCCGGAAUCUGGAGAAAAUGGCAGAGACAACACCAGAGACUUCUGGGCAGCUUGUUGUGCACGCAGACACUCACAGUGACACUGUCCUGGCUAGCCUUGAGGACCAGAGGAAAAGAGGCUUUCUUUGUGAUAUUACUUUAAUCGUGGAGAAUGUGCAUUUCCGAGCCCACAAAGCCUUACUUGCUGCCAGCAGCGAGUAUUUCUCGAUGAUGUUUGCGGAGGAGGGCGAGAUUGGCCAGUCUAUUUAUAUGUUGGAAGGCAUGGUUGCAGACACCUUUGGGAUCCUGCUGGAAUUUAUCUAUACAGGUUAUCUACAUGCCAGCGAGAAAACUACAGAACAGAUCCUGGCUACUGCGCAAUUCUUAAAAGUCUAUGAUCUGAUAAAGGCUUACACAGAUUUCCAGACUAACCACAGCUCGUCAAAGCCAACGGCUUUGAAUGGCACUGGUACUCCAGUAGUUGUUAUUUCUAAUAAGAAGAAUGAUCCUCUAAAACGGAAACGGGGAAGACCGAGAAAAGGCAAUAGUAUACAGGAGGGGAAAUCAGAACUAGCUGCAGAGGAAGAAAUGCAGCUAAGAGUGAACAAUUCAGUUCAGAACAGACAAAACUUUGUGGAUAAAGAAGGAGACGGUGUGGAACUGAGUGAACAAAUGCCAAAAGAAAAGGAAUCUGAGCCCACUGGUGAGCCAGGUAGAGUGGAGGAGAUGCUUGCUGAAAAGGAUGAGAACUGUGACCCCAAGGCUCUGGACGGACAGGAUAGCCUGAGUAGGUACAGCAAACGGAGGAUUCGAAGGUCAGUCAAGCUUAAAGAUUACAAACUCCUUGGAGAUGAAGAUGACCAGUGUUCCGUCAAGAGGACAUGUGGAAGGAAAAAGCGUGCCAGUGGUCCUGAGGCCCAGUGUAAAGACUGUGGCAAAGUCUUUAAGUAUAAUCACUUUUUAGCAAUCCACCAGAGACGCCACACUGGGGAACGACCCUUCAAAUGUAAUGAGUGUGGGAAGGGCUUUGCCCAGAAGCACUCCUUGCAGGUCCACACCAGGAUGCAUACAGGGGAGCGGCCGUACACCUGCACCGUGUGCAGCAAGGCACUGACCACCAAGCACUCACUGCUGGAGCACAUGAGCCUGCACUCAGGGCAGAAGUCUUUUACCUGUGACCAGUGUGGAAAAUAUUUCAGCCAGAAAAGACAGCUAAAGAGCCAUUAUCGAGUCCAUACAGGCCACUCACUACCAGAAUGCAACCACUGCCAUCGAAAAUUCAUGGAUGUGUCUCAACUAAAGAAACAUCUGCGAACACACACAGGUGAGAAGCCAUUUACUUGUGAAAUCUGUGGGAAAUCUUUCACAGCAAAGAGUUCCCUUCAGACCCACAUCAGAAUCCACCGAGGAGAAAAGCCGUACUCCUGCAGCAUCUGUGGCAAGUCCUUCUCUGACUCCAGUGCCAAGAGGAGACACUGCAUCCUACAUACAGGCAAAAAGCCUUUCUCCUGCCCUGAGUGUAGCUUACAGUUUGCUCGAUUAGACAAUUUGAAGGCUCACUUGAAAAUUCACAGCAAAGAGAAACACACAUCGGAUUCCAGCAGCGUUUCUGGCAGUAAUGCUGACGAGGUCCGAAGCAUUCUUCAGCUACAGCCAUACCAGCUCUCCACCUCAGGAGAGCAGGAGAUUCAGCUUCUUGUGACUGAUUCUGUGCAUAACAUUAACUUCAUGCCAGGCCCCAAUGAGGGGGUCAGCAUUGUGGCUGCUGAGAGCUCUCAGAACAUGGCCACGGACCCAGCUGCUAACCUUGCCCUGCUCACACAGCAGCCGGAGCAGCUGCAGAGCCUGAUUCUUUCUGCUCAGCCGGAGCAAACAGAGCAUAUUCAGAGCCUCAGUAUGAUUGGAAGCCAGAUGGAGCCUUCACAGGCGGAGCCGGUGCAAUUAAUCACACUUUCCAAGGAGACGCUGGCACUGGCGCAUCUGCAUGCCCACCAAGGGCAAACAGAGGCGCUCCGCUUGGCAGCAGAUGCUUCUGAUCCAGCUCAGCACCUGCAGCUGACUCAGGAGCCUGAUCCACCCCUACCCACUCCACUAGGCCAAGAACAGAGCUGACUCAAACACAUGACUGACCAUUCCACUGGACCCUUCUGUGCCAGCAGUGACAGGCUCACCCCUUGGGCCACCAUCUUACAGAUCCUUAAAGAUGUGACAGCUAGCCAACAGAUUAUUUAUAAUGGGUUCCAUUGAGUCGGAAUCUGUGUGUUGACAUGUGUGCACAAUCUGUUUUAUCUAUAAUACCAAUUCAUAUUUAGCAUUUAAAUAUCGAUGAGGGGUUCCACUUUCAUCUACUAUGUCUCUUAAAGAUGGGUAGUUUUUCUUGGGAGCAUUGAUUUAGACUUUUCUGCUAGUGUUGAAUGUUCACUGCCAUAGAGUGUGAUCUUCUUUAGAACAAAAAGUCAUAUGUAGGUUGAAUCUUUGGGUAUGGUGGUUAGUUCCAUUUCAUUAUUUCUAUUAGGCAGUAUACUUGCCAGUCCAAAACAAGUCAGGACUGACAUGUACUUGAUUACAGCAAGCAGGAGAUUUUCCCUCCAGAAACUCUUAAAUAGCACCUCUUAAAUUUUAUCUUUGUGUGGCUCAGUGGGCUAAUCCUGUUGCACUGAAGGUAGAUUCAAAGUUGAAAACCAUACUCGUGAUAUGAAAGCCAAAUGUAUUUUUUGUUUGUUUUUCGAAACAGGGUUGCUCUGUGUAACAGCCCUAGCUGUCCGAGACUCAUUUUGUAGACAAGGCUGGUCUCGAACUCACAGAGAUCCGCCUGCCUGUGCCUCCUGAGUGCUGGGAUUAAAGGCAUAUGCCAUUACCACCUGGCACAAAGUGUUGUUUGAAAUUUUUUGAGUUCCAUUUUCUGCAGAACAUGAAUUUAUACAUUUUUUAAAAGAAGCAGGCUGUUUGAAGUAUGAAACUAAAUCAGUAUACUAGUUCCAAAUAAACCAAAGUUUGUCAGAUAAUGACUUGAUGUUCAUGAAAAAGGUUCUUAAUUACCUGGAACUUGAAAGUUUAUUCAAUAUAAGUCUUCAUUACACUAUUAAUUCUCUUGAUCUCAAAAUACUGAUUUACAUGUUCAAUCUUAGAACUUCCUAGAAGUGGAAGUGUGCAGUAAUCUAUUCUUAUUGAACUCUAGGUGAAACUCCAACACACCGUUUAAUCUUGAGCCUCAGGGUGGAGUAGCCAGCCUGUGCCUAUGAUUGUGAGUCUUUCAGAUCAUCACCGAAGGUUAAGUUAUGUUUGGGUUGUUUUCAAGAUCACUACAUUCAGUUGAAUUCUUCGUUAAUGUCUCAUAGGGUGGGCAGUGAUGUCUGAGACAGAGACAGGGUUCAGGUAACAUAAUGGGGAUAAGAAGUGUAUUCAAAACCAACAUCUGCUUCAUGUCAGCUGCUUUCUUAUCUUACUGCUCCUAUUCCCACUGAAAUCCAGUGGUUUUGGCAUACAGGAUUUUUACAGAAAUAGAUAAUUCUUCAGGUUACAGAUAAGAUCAAAGUAUUUUUGUUGCAUAUUUACCAAGUUGUAUUUUACUAUACAAAAUUUACAAAUUGAGUUACCAAGGUAGUAGAUAGAUAUGUAUCAGCUAAAGUAAUAUGAAACUGGACCUGACGAGAGCAGACUUUUUACAAAUACUGUUUUAGUAUUUUAGAUUCUUGAUUUAUUCAUUUAAACGCUGUACUCAUUGUGCAUUUGUGUGAGCUCGGGAUAUGUGUGUGCACAUGUGUGGAGGCUACAGGAGGACAUUGGCUAUCCUGGCAUGUCACUCUUCCUUAUUUCCCUGAGACAGGAAUCUGGAAGCAGGUGUCCAGCAAGCCUCUACCUCACAGCAUUGGGCUACAAGCACACAAGGCCAUUUUCUGGAUUUUAAUUUGUGUGUUGGGGUCCAAGCUCCAGUCUUUAUAUUUGCACAGCAAGUGCUCUUACCCACUGAACAUGUCUCUAGCCCCUGUUUAUUCCUAAAACACAAAGUCUUUAUGUUGCUUUCAAAACCUCCUAAUACUCUUUUCUCAAAAUUCUACAUUGUAUUAAAGUAAAUUAUUUUUUUUUCACUCUA